UGCCGCCAUUUCAUUAUACAUCCACCAAAGCGAAGACAGCGAAACUGAUCCAGAGAAUCCUGUUGCAGUUGUUUCAGUCGUGUUUUACAUAUUUUUUGUCGUAGUAUAUCUAUCAAAAUGACGGAAAAAAUUGACAUGAGUUUAGAGGACAUUAUUAAAUUGAGAAAACCAGGUAAACGAGGUGGUAGAGGCCGCGGAACCGGUGGCCGUGGAGGAGGAGGUCGCGGCGGUGGUCAACAACAGACGCGUGGUGGCGGUGGAGGAAGAACACCAAGAGGUGGUGGGGCUGGAGGCGGUGCAACCAGGCGACAAAGUAGGGGUGGUGCUCGGCCGACUCCAUACUCAAGGCCUAAACAGGUACCUGAUCAAUGGCAGCAUGAUAUGUAUGAAGGUGGAGCUACUACUGGCAGGAUGCAGUAUAGAGUAGGAGGUGCAGGAGCAGCAGCUGGUAAAAGUGUGGAAGGCAAAUUACUUGUAUCUAAUCUGGAUUAUGGUGUCUCAGAUGCUGAUAUACAGGAGCUAUUUGCAGAUUUUGGUAAUCUGGUACAUGCAGCAGUCCAUUAUGAUCGCACAGGUAGAAGUCAAGGCACAGCUGAUGUUGUGUUUCAAAGGAAAGCAGAUGCAAUCAAGGCCAUGAAACAGUAUAACAAUGUACCACUGGAUGGUAAUCCAAUGAAUAUUCAGCUUGUGACAUCAUCUACUGCUGACUAUGAAGUGCAACCUAGGCCACAGCCAGCUAGAGUUAGUAACCAAGGAGGGCGAUUACGAGGAGGUAGAGGAGGUGGAGGAGGAGGAGGCGGACGUACCCAGAACACCAGUAGAGGAACGCGAAACCAAGGGCGUGGUGGCGCUAGGGGGCGUGGACGCGGGCGUGGUCGAGGAGGCAGCAAGGGACCAACACCAACUGCAGAGGAAUUAGAUGCACAGCUUGAUGCAUACAAUGCCCAGAUGGACAGUUAGAAAAGGAAAUGGAGCAGGGCAGGUGAACGCUUUCUUCAAGGGCAAGCUGUAUGACAGAGGAGCUGAGUCAAGUUUUCUUUUUAUGGACAAUAAAUCAGUUAGGGUGAAUUCAAAGAUGUUUUUGUCAAACUGGAGUAACUUGAGCAGGCCUUUCAGAGUGGUCUUGGGGUAACAAUUUUAAAGGGUAACUGUUCCUUGGAUCAAGCGAGUUGGUCUUGGGGUAACAAUUUUAAAGGGUAACUGUUCCUUGGAUCAAGCGAGUUGGUCUUUUAAAAGCGUUUGAAAUCGAUUGUAAUAAAAUGCAUAUGGUAAGAAAGAUGUUUUAAAAGUAGAAUACAUUGUUCCAUACAAAUAUGCCUCGAACUUGCAUGAUUAUACUAACAUGGCAAGUUUUUGACUCCAUAAAAUGGCCGACCGUGUUAGUUUGCAAAGUAAAUGGAAAACCACUGCAAUUUCAAGGCA